AUGCAAAACAUGACCAGGCGCUUUGGUCGCAUAACCACCAAGUCAUCGGCCAACGACAGCCAGAUCGCUGUCCUGUUAAAAGACUUUGACGAUGCCGAUAUGCUGCUCGGAAAGAUUGUGGAAUCCACUCAAGCCUGGCGCGAUGCCUGGAUCUCCAUUGCGACGUAUCAAAGUCGAAUGAUUGACGAAUUUGACGGCCUGUACGGUCCUAUCAUCGGCUCCUCCGAAACCCCUUCCAACCACCAAGCCGUGGAAACAGACGCCGUUCGACUGAGUCGGACAAACCGACUACGCAAGGAAUAUGAUGAGCUUCGCACCGAUCUGGUUGAGGAGCUCGGCGCCGUGGAUGCGCGCAUGACGCAGCCGGCUGCGCGAGCCAAGGAGUCCCUGAUGCCGAUGAAGAAGACUAUAAAGAAGCGACAUGACAAGAAGACGGACUUUGAAAUCUCCCAAAGCCGUGUGGACAGUCUCAUGAAAAAGCCAAAGCGCUCUGAGCGCGAGAAUGCUAGUCUGGCCAAGGCCGAAGCAGAGCUUGCGAGUACCAAAGAGUUAUACCAAGCUGCCGACGCUGAUUUACGAGAGCGAUUGCCGACAUUAGUCGCAUUGAUCUUCUCUUUAACGCCUUAUAUUCUUGAAGCGCAGGUGGAAAUCCAAAACCGCAUGCUCGCUCAUUACUACACGGUCCUGCACACCUUCUGCGACGAAGAAGGAUUUCCGUCUCCCCCACCAGACAUGGAGCAGAUAGUCCUCGACUUCGAGUUCGCCUUUAACCCCGUGCGAACCGAAAUUGACGGCUUUGGCUGUCUGACCCAGGGCAAAGCGAUGCGCCGUGCCUCCGAGCAGCAGGAGAACAAGAAGCGGCCCUCCAUCGGCGGGCGCACGGCCAGCAAUGCUUCAUCCAUUUCCCUCCCCAGCUCCCUACGCCGAGGAUCCCAGACCCCAGCCUCCUCCAGUCAUACCCCAGUCGCAUGUGUCCCUGAGUAUCCCCCAUCACCGCCGUUGUCCACGAUGAGCCGCAAAAACAGCGCCAUUCCCGUGGGCAACACCGCCGUUUCCCCACCCGCGUCCAGCGGUGGAGACUAUUUUAAUCCACCAAUGAUGUCAUCUCAGCCCACUCCCCAGCCCGCUGGCCUGAUGUCCUUUUCCCCCGCUGGCCCCAAGAUCGACCAUUUCCAGUCUGCCGUCUCCUCUCGGGGUGGCACCCCCUUUGACCCCGUCGCUGCUGCCGUUAAGAAGAAGCCCCCACCCCCGCCACCUGCGGCGCGUGCGGUCUUUGUUACCGCCUUGUAUGACUUUGACGGUCAGGGGUCGGGGGAUCUGGUCUUCAGAGAGGGAGACCGUAUCCGCGUGGUGCAGAAGACUGACAGUACCGAUGACUGGUGGCAAGGCGAGUUGAGAGGUGUGAAGGGACCUUUUCCUGCGAAUUAUGUUGAGUAA